CCACCACUGCAUACAUUGGCACACACGGUUGCAGUCAACUCGUUUCACUGUCCCACACGAGUCGCCGAGGAAUCCGCGCAGUGUUUCCGCGGCGCAAGCGUUGCAUUGUGUUCUCCUAUAAAUUAUACCUGCUCUGUGAGCGUGACCGCGCGCUGCACCGUCCGCCAGACGCCGCACUAGACCGCAACUCAAUACUCAUCGCCAGACGCAACAAUGGUCCCUCUCCGAGUAGUCGUGUGCUUCGCCCUGCUCGCGGCCGCAGCCGCAACUGACGUCAAGCAAUGUCCAGGUAUGGACAUCCCGGACUUGAGUGAAAACGUUCAGCUGUCACCGUGCACCAAGCCUCCCUGCCGCCUCAAGAAAGGAACUAACCAGUCCAUCACCAUCAAGUUCACGCCAGGCAAAGACCUCGACGAAGUCAAGAACGGCGUGACCGCGGACAUCGGGAAUGGCCUGGUGGUGCCGUUCAUAGGAGUGGACGGAUACUCCAUCUGUGACAAAGUGUUCACAGAGAAUGGUGACAAAGCCAGCUGCCCACUGAAGUCUGGCACCACCUACCUGUACAAGGACAGCUUCCCCAUCUACGCCAUCUACCCUUCAAUCAAAGUCAAGGUACACUGGGAACUGAAAGACAACAGUGGCGACAUCACCUGUUUCGAAGUUCCCGCACGAAUUGUGUAAACUACAUAACUAUAGUCCAUUACAUAAAGCCCCCAGAACUAAACAAAUCUUCUGCCUUAAUCUAAUUGAGUAUUCCUGUGAUUACACAGUUAUUUAACCAUUACAUAUCCAUAAGUCAAGCUCACAAGAACAACAAUAUUGUAAAUAUUCUGAGCUUUAACAUAGAUUUUAAAUUAUAACAAAUUCUAUGCUGUGUUUCAGAUUGCACUGACAAUAAUAUUUAUAUGUGUUUAGUAUACGAUCAUAAAAUAAAUUAAGUCUAUGUAGGUAUAAGUGAGAAAAAGGUCGUGGAGAAUAAUUUUUUACUUUUUUUUUCAAAUGCCAUUACAAUUAAUUAAUUAAACUUAAACUGUUUUACAAA